AUGUGAGUUUCAGGGACAAGAGGGGGGCAGGGAAGGAGGGGAAAGCUGCUGAUUUGAGGGGCAAAGUACACUCUGAGCUUUCUGCUGCCCCGACGGCACUCUGAGUCUCCAGCUGUACUCACUUGGCCCCUGGUGUCCAGGGCAGCGGCAGAAAGGAGCAUGGCCCAUCCAGAUCCUUCCACUGUCCUAUGGGCUCUGCUGCUGCUGUUGCUGCCGCUGGCCCCUGCCUUCUGUGAAUCGGGACAGCCUGAGAAGCAGCGGUCUACCAGGAGUCUCCAGGAUGGACAACCGCGCAUAACCUCCGAGAGGGGCAGCCUCGUGUUCUGCACGGACUCCGACAAGGACAUCGAGUUUAGAACUGGUCUUCAGGGGAGAAUCAAAGUGAACAACCAGGACCUUGGGACAUGCUUACUCCAGAUCCAGAGGAACACAGCUGAGAUAUCUGAAUUCAAGAGAGUCGGCACUGCUCUUACGCACAACGUCUCCAGUCAGCUCACUCAGCUCCAGUCCAAGCUUGGUGAUCUUGAGAACCGAUUUCAGAGCCUCCAACAGGCAACCCAGAGGAGAGUUUGCAGCAGCAAUCCCUGCCAGAAUGGUGGCACCUGCCUCAAUUUGUUGGAUUCCUUCUUCUGCCUCUGCCCGCCCAAUUGGAAGGGCCCGGUCUGCUCUGCCGAUGUCAAUGAAUGUGAGAAGUUCGCAGGGAGCCCUUACAGCUGUCAAAAUGGAGCCACGUGCAUCAACACAGCAGGCAGCUAUAGCUGCACCUGCUUGCCGGACAACUAUGGGCCCCAGUGUGCCUCCACAUAUGAUGACUGCCAGCUGGGAUCCCUGGCCCUGUGUGGGCACGGCUUCUGUGAGGACUUGGCACGCCAGAAUGUGGGAGAGGCAAAAUACCAUUGUGUUUGUGCCCCCGGUUGGGCCGUGCCUGACGGCAGGUCUGCCUGCACAGCUGAUGUCGAUGAGUGUAGCCUGCCGAGCCCUCCCUGCUCCCGGGACCCUUCAGUUCAGUGUUACAACACCCCUGGGUCGUUCUACUGUGGACCCUGCCCAGCAGGCUGGCAAGGGAACGGCCACGUCUGCUACGAUGUGAACGAAUGUGAGAUAGCGAAUGGCGGCUGCUCCACGGCCCCCAAGGUCCAAUGCGACAACACACCCGGAUCUUACCGCUGCGGCCCUUGUCCUCCGGGUUACCAGGGCAAUGGGAAGGAAUGCACCCCAGAGAUUAUCUGCUCGGAGCAGAACGGAGGCUGCCAUCCAGAUGCUCUGUGUUUCCCCGGUCCAGGUGUUAGGCCUAUUUGUGUCUGCCGGCCAGGAUAUACAGGAGACGGAUACGGAGCAAGCGGUUGUGUCCCUCUCAGCAACAUUUGUGAAAGCCACCCUUGUGUCCACGGACAGUGUAGUGCAACAGCAUCUGGCUACCAGUGUGCAUGCGACUUGGGCUGGGGCGGCCCCAACUGCACAGAAAACAUCGAUGAGUGUCUGAGCCGCCCCUGCCUGCAUGGGGGAAGUUGUACCGAUGGGAUUGGUGGAUAUACCUGUGAGUGUACCAACUCGUGGACUGGACCUCGAUGUGAGACUCCUCAGCAAGCUUGUGGGGGGUCGCUCUCUGGGGUGAAUGGGACUUUCAGCUACCCAAACAACCCUGGGGCCGAGGUGUAUGACCACAACAUCAGCUGUUCCUGGAUUCUUCGAACCGAAGUGGACAAGGUUCUGCGUCUCACUUUCCCCUUUUUCCAGCUAGAAGCAAGUAGCCACUGUCAGUAUGACUACCUCCAAAUUCACGAUGGCGAGUCCUCUUCAGGGUAUCCACUGGGGACGUUCUGUGGCUCUAAUCCUCCAGCAGAGCUGUUCAGUAACCACAACACCUUGCAUUUCCUGUUCCACUCAGACCAUUCCGUGUCUGCUGGAGGAUUUACUGUCAGAUGGGAAAGUCGGCGUCCAGAAUGCGGUGGCACAUUGUUAAGUUCCUAUGGCUCAAUCAGCUCCCCAGGAUACCCAAACAAUUACCCUUCAAACAGGGACUGUAUCUGGGUUGUAGUAGCCAAGCCUGGUCUCCUGAUUACUUUUGCAUUUGGGAUCCUCAGCCUGGAGCACCACCAGAACUGCAGCUUUGACUACCUCCAGAUUCAAGAUGGCGCCUUGCCCCAAGACCCCGUUCUCGGAAAAUACUGUAGUUCCAGCUUGCCGCCUCCGCUUCAGACCACUGGUCCCAUGGCGAGGAUCCGCUUCCACUCAGAUGCUUUCAUCGGGGAUCGUGGCUUCCAUAUCACCUAUGCGACUUCCCCUGCGGACCCUGGCUGCGGAGGGAACUACACAGACGGGGCAGGGGUCAUUGCCUCUCCGGACUGGCCCAACUCUUACAUUAGCAACCGACAAUGCAUCUACAUCAUCAAACAGCCUCCAGGAGAGCUCGUCCAGCUCAACAUCACCCAUGUGGAGCUAGAUGGCCCUGAAGGCUGUUCCCACAGUUAUAUUGAGGUCCGUGAUGGGGAGACGUUACUGAGAAAGAUCUGUGGAAACAUGACUCCGACCCUCGUCGUCUCCAUUUCCAGCAGCAUCUGGGUCAGGUUUAAGUCGGACCCCUCUGCGCAGAAGGCCAGCUUCAAAGCCACCUACCAAGUUGCUUGUGGAGGGGAGCUGAGUGGGACUGGAACCCUACAGUCUCCAUACUAUCCCCGGGCCUACCCAUACGCCGGGACCUGUGAGUGGAUCAUCCGCCAGCCUCUGGGCCAAGAGAUCUUGCUCAAAUUCCUCGCCUUUCAUAUUGCCGAGUCUCCAGGCUGUGGUUCGGAUUACGUUGAGAUUGGUGAUGAAUCCAGUAUGGACACCUCGCAAGGCCGAAAAUACUGUGGCACAGACAUCCCUACUUUAAUAAAGUCCCCGUAUAAUUCUCUUCGCGUCACCUUCAGGACAAGCUCCUCCACGGCAAAUCUUGGCUUCAAGGCUGAGUUCUGGAGUGCUGAUUUAGUCUGUGGGGAAAUCCUGACAGCGACAACGGGAACGAUUCACAGCCCUGGCCAUCCGAACCCCUACCCACAUGGCAUCAACUGCACGUGGUUCAUCUCGGUGAUGCCAGGCUUCCGGAUCCGACUGAGCUUCUCCGCUUUCCACCUGGACUUUCACUACAACUGCACCGCUGACUAUUUGCUGGUCUAUGACAAUGGCACUGAGACAACGCUUGGCAGGUUUUGUGGAAAGUCGGUCCCUCCGUCUCUAACCAGCAGUGACAACACGCUGACGCUGUUCUUGGUGACGGACUCUGACUUGGCGUUCGAGGGCUUUGCGGCCAGUUACAUCACCAUCAAUGCUUCUACUGCCUGCAUCGAAAACCACGAGGAAGACACAGGGGUGCUGACUUCUCCCCUCUACCCCAAUCAUUACCCCAACAACUGGGAAUGCAUCUACACCAUCACCGUGGGCACCGCCCAACAGAUUGCCCUGGGCUUCACCAAUUUCUCCCUGGAGCCCAGCGUGGGCCACCACUGCGUCGGAGACUUCGUAGAAAUCAGAGAUGGAGGCUUCGAGACCUCCCCGCUGCUGGGGAAGUACUGUGGUACCCAAAAGCCACCCCCAAUCAUUUCCCACAGUAACAGGCUAUGGAUCAAGUUCAAAAGUGACGUUGUUAUCUCUGGGCCUGGAUUCUCAGCUCACUGGGACGGCUCAUUGACAGGUUGUGGGGGGAACCUCACCACGUCACAGGGUUCCUUCACCUCCCCAAACUACCCCAUGCCCUAUUACCAGAAGUCGGAAUGCUCCUGGAAGCUCCAGGCAAGCCGGGGAAGUCCAUUUGAACUCCAGUUUGAAGAUUUCCACCUGCAGGAGCAUCCCGACUGCAGUUCGGAUUAUUUGGCCGUCUACGAUGGCCCAACCACCAGGGCCCAGCUCUUGGCCAAGCUUUGUGGUAAUCAGAUUCCAAGCCCAAUCCGGUCCAGUGGGGACAGUUUGUUAUUAAAACUGAGAACGGAUGAAGAUCAGGAAGGGGCCGGUUUCCUGGCCACAUACAGGCAAGUUUGCCAAGGUGUGGUGAUUGCCAACCAGAGCCGAGGCACCUUGGAGAGUAUCCGUUUUCCACUUCCUUACCCCCAGAAUGAGCGGUGCAAUUGGACCAUCCGAGCACCUGCGGGCAACACUGUGAACUAUACCUUUUCAACAUUUGACCUGGAAGACUCUGAAAACUGUGCGGUAGACUAUGUAGAGCUGUAUGAUGGAACCAACCGAAUAGGCCGGUUCUGUGGCGGGAAUGGCCCCCUGCCAGGGAGCACUACCCAAGCCCUCCUUCACGUGCUACUCCAUACUGAUGGCGUCUCUUCGGCCAAUAGAGGAUUCCAGAUGCAGUGGUCCAUCCACGGGUGUGGGGGCGAGCUCUCAGGUGCGAGGGGCUCUCUGGAAAGUCCCGGCUAUCCUGACCAGUAUCCAUCCAGUACAGAGUGUAUCUGGCACAUCACCACCACCCCUGGGAGCAGCAUCCUCCUCACCCUGCAAGACUUCAACGUGGAGUACCACCCGAACUGUAAUUUUGAUGUUCUGGAGGUCUACGGCGGCCCCGAUUUCCACUCUCCCCGGCUGGCUCAGCUGUGCAUCUCUACGGCCCGGGAGAACCCCCUGCGGGUCUCGAGCACGGGAAAUGCUCUCACCGUUCGGUUCAAGACGGACCUCUCUGUCAGUGGCCGAGGCUUCUCGGCCACGUGGCAGGAGGCUCCAGGAGGUUGUGGAGGACACUUCCAGGCGUCGCGAGGAGAGAUCCAUUCUCCCAACUACCCUCAUCCUUAUGGCAGGAACAGCGAUUGCUCCUGGAUUAUCCAGGUCGAUAGCAGUCACCACGUGCUCCUGAAUUUCACGGACUUUGACUUGGAGCCCCAAGACUCGUGUGUUACAGUAUAUGAUGGUCCACACACGACGUCUGAGCUCCUCUCCCACAGCUGUGGCCAGCAGCCUCCUGACCCCAUCACCUCCUCCGGCAACACAGUGGUGGUGCGAUUUCAGUCGGGCCAGUCCACGCAGCGCCGGGGUUUCUGGGCGCGCUUCACCGAAGCAUGUGGUAGCACCAUAAUCACAGACUCUAACGGGGCGAUCACCUCUCCAACGUUUCCUGCCGAGUAUCUGAACAAUCAGAACUGCAGCUGGAUGGUUCAAGCCCAACAUCCCUUCAAUCACAUCUCCCUGUCGUUUACUGCCUUUGACUUGGAGGGUAGCGCCAACUGCUCCCGGAACUUCGUUGAAGUUUUGGAUGGAGCCAGUGACGACGCUCCUGUUCAAGGACGCUACUGCGGCUCCACUCUACCAGCCCCGAUCACUUCUUUCAGCAACUCACUGGUCAUCAGGUUCAUCUCUAAUUCCAUCCUCACAUCGAACAGCUUCCGCGCAGUUUACGAGGCUUCAUCUUCAGCCUGCGGAGGAGCAUUCCACAUGGACGAAGGAGUCAUCAACAGCCCCGGCUAUCCCGACACUUAUCCGAGCAACACAGAAUGUGUCUGGACCAUCCUCAGCUCCCCCGGAAACCAGUUCCAGCUAUCGUUCACGAUGUUCCACCUGGAGCAGAGCCAAGACUGCCGCAAGGAUUUUGUGGAGAUCCGCGAAGGGAAUGCCACUGGCCACCUGGUAGGCCGCUUCUGUGGCAGCACCCUGCCGCACAACUACUCAUCCAGUAUGGGUCAUAUCCUGUGGGUGAGAUUUGUCUCCGAUGGAGCAGUCACAGGCCGAGGUUUCCAGGCCACGUUUGCUCAUGUCUUCGGCAAUGACAACAUCAUGGGCUCCCACGGACGCAUCGCCUCUCCGCUGUGGCCCCAGAAUUACCCACACAACUCGGAUUAUCGCUGGACAGUGAUUGCCAACAGCUCUUCGGUUGUCCACGGGACCAUCCUGGAGCUAGACAUUGAAAUGUCAACUGGCUGUUACUACGACAAGUUAUCGAUCCACGACGGACCCAGCAUCCACUCCCGCCUCAUCGGUACCUACUGUGGUUUCACCGGCGCCGCCUUCGCCUCCUCGGGCCCCUCCAUCACCUUCCACUUCCACUCUGACUCUUCUAGGACCGGCAGGGGCUUCCUCCUGGAGUGGCACCUCGUGGCAUCUUCUGAACGCCCCCCAGACGCCAUCACUCCAGGAACGUGCGGGGGGGUGUUUCGCACUGGAGACAGCCCGGUGUUUUUCUUCUCUCCGGGCUGGCCGGGAGGUUACAGCAACGGAGCAGACUGCACCUGGCUCCUCCACGCUCCAGACUCAACGGUGGAGCUGAAUGUGCUCUCUCUGGAUCUCGAAUCCCACCAGACAUGCAACUAUGACAAACUCGUCAUCAGAGAUGGUGACAGCAAUGUAGCACCCAUGCUGGCCACCCUCUGUGGCCGGGACCCUCCGGGACCCAUCAGAUCCACAGGGGACUUCAUGUUCGUUCGAUUCACUGCAGACGUCAGUGUAACCGGGGCGGGGUUCAAUGCUUCCUUUCACCAGAGUUGCGGUGGCCUCCUGCAUGUAGACAGAGGAGUGAUCACAUCCCCAAAUUACCCAGACUCCUUCCCUCCCAACCUCAACUGCUCCUGGCACGUGAUGGUCCAGGAAGGCCUCACCAUCGGUGUCCAUUUCGAACGGCCAUUUGAGAUCCCCAACGGAGAUCAGCACUGCAGCCAAGGAGACUAUUUGGAGCUGAGAAAUGGGCCCGAUGCUUCGUCUCCACCCCUGGGACCCAGCCGUGGAAACGGCCGCCUCUGUGGCAACCGCCCUCCCUCCUCUCUGUUCACCACGGACAAUCGGAUGCUGGUUCGCUUCGUGUCCGACGGCAGCGGUGGGGGCCAGGGGUUCAAGGUCACGUAUGAAGCCAAGAGUUUGGCAUGCGGAGGCACCAUCUACGUCCACGACGCCAGCUCCGCGGGAUUCGUGUCUUCCCCUGGUUACCCCAGCGCCUAUCCCCAGCACGCUGACUGCUCCUGGACCCUCUCUGUUCCCGCUGACAAGGUUGUCGAACUGCAAUUUGAAGAUCAGUUUCACAUUGGAACUUCAUCCAACUGCUCAUCCAGCUACCUGGAAUUGCGAGACGGAGCCGAUGCCAGCGCUCCCCUUCUCACCAGGCUCUGUGGAACGACCCGGCCUGCCAGACUGGUGUCUUCGGGAAGCACCGCGAGGCUCAGGUUCCGGUCGGACGACGGCUCCCCCCAGGCUGGCUUUGGGGCCCGGAUUUCCAUAGCUCUGUGUGGCGGGACGUUGGUUGGGCAGAGCGGGGUGGCUCACAGCCCUGGGUUCCCGGCCCUCUCCUAUGGGGACGACUUGGAGUGUGAGUGGCGCCUCCAGGGCCCGGCGGGGCACUAUCUCACUAUCAGCUUCGAGGCCCUCGGUCUCCAGAACUCCGCCGGCUGCACCAAGGACUUUGUGGAGCUGCGGGAGAACGACCCUUCUGGGCCCGUGCUGGGAAGAUACUGCGGGAGCUUCGUGCCCAGAGCCGUGGGCACUGCCAGCAAUGUGGCCUUCGUCAAGUUUGUCACAGAUGGAUCCGUUGGAGGUCCAGGGUUCCAGCUGCGCUUUCAGGCCAGCACAGAAGGUUGCGGCGGAGGCCUCGUUGGCCCCACUGGCUCUCUGGCUUCUCCCGGCUCCCCGAGUCCCCACCGUCGCAUGUGUGAGUGGAGGAUCACAGCUCCCGAGGGCCGGCGGGUCACUCUCACCUUUCACGACCUGAGGCUGGAAGGCCAGCCAGGAUGCAGCAAUGAAUACGUGGCGAUCUUCAACGGCCUGAGGCGCAACUCACCGCAGCUGCAGAGAUUGUGCAGUCAGGACGACCAGGGGGCCCCCGUUGCCUCUUCGGGGAAUACGAUGAAGGUGCUUUACUUCACUGACGGGUCUGGGCUGAGCAGAGGCUUUGGAGCGACGUACACGUCCACCGAGGAUGCAGUGUGUGGCGGGCAUCUUUCCGACUCUCUUGGUGGGAACAUCACGUCUCCUGGUUAUGAUGGAAUCAGCAACUAUUCGAACAACCUGAACUGCGAGUGGAUCCUCAGCAAUCCCAACCGGGACAACUCAUCCAUUUACAUCUCCCUGGAUGACUUCCACCUGGAGCCCCACCAGGAUUGCCACCAUGAUUUGCUGGAGUUCAGAGUGGGUGAUGCCGAGGGGCCGCUGAUUUGGAAGCUGUGCGGGCACUCAGUCCCUUUGCUGCCUUUUGUCGUGGCUAGCCCGCAGAUCUGGAUGCACCUGGUGACUAACGAGCGUGGGAGCGACACGGGAUUCCAUGCCCAUUACUCCUUCACAGACUGUGGAGGUGUGCAGAACGGAGAAGGCGGAGUAAUUGCGAGCCCCAACUUCCCGGCUCCGUAUGGCAACGUGAACCACUGUUCCUGGCUGCUGAACGCACCCCCGGGCCACACCAUCACCCUGACAUUUACCUCUUUUGAUGUCGAAAGCCACCGCACGUGCUCCUUCGAUUCUGUCACCGUCAUCAAUGGGGGCUCCCCUGGGUCACCCGUAGUCAGACAUUUCUGUGGAGCCACUGUUCCUGGGCCCAUCCAAUCCGGGGCCAACCAACUGACGGUGCUCUUCAACUCGGACCACUCUGUGCAGAGAGGCGGUUUCCGGGCCACGUGGACCACUCAGACUUCAGGUUGCGGUGGCAUCAUUCACUCCGCCAGCGGGAUCCUCCGCUCGCCGCGGUGGCCUCAGCCCUUCCCAGAGAACAGCCGCUGCACGUGGACGGUCAUUACUCACGAGAGCCAACACCUCGAACUCAGCUUCCACCGAGAUUUCCAGAUCCCCAGCCCCGAUGGGCGGUGUGAGGAGAGCCAUCUGAAGGUAUGGGCGGGAACCCCCGAACUUGGAACAAUCGGCCCGCUGGUCACCUCCUGUGGCAUCACCGCCCCCGGCCCGAUCGUGACACCGCGGAACGCGUUCACUGCCAUCUUCCAGGCCCAGGAGGGCACGGGGAGUGGCUUCUCGCUGACGUUCCUCAGCAGAUGUGGCGCAAAUUUCACCAACCCUUCGGGUUACAUUGUUUCUCCCAACUACCCGGGACAAUACGACAACAAUCUACGUUGCGAUUAUGUCAUAGAAGCAGAGUCUCAGGCAGUAGUGCUUCUACAGUUUAUCACUUUCCAGCUGGAAGCUCCAUCCGCCCUGAGCGGGGGCUGCGUCAGUGAUGGGCUGAAAGUCAUCCGAGGCCACCGAGUCACAUCCAUCCCCUUCACGACCCUCUGCGGCCACGAGCUUCCCCAGGCCAUCAGCUUCUCCGGCCCGAUGCUGCUCAGCUUCUACACCGAUUCCCAGACCGUGGACUUCGGAUUCAAGGCCUCUUACCGCGUACUGGCAUGCGGAGGGACGUUCAACGCAUCCUUCGGGACCAUCAGUAGCCCUGCCUAUGCCCUGUCACCCUAUCCGAACAACAUGAACUGCGUCUACCUCAUCUCGGUGGGAGACAGCAAGGUGGCAGACCUCAAGUUCAACGAUUUCAACCUGGAGGCCUCCAGCUACUGCUCCGCGGACUACGUGGCCGUUCGCGAUGGCCUGGAGCCCGGAGCUCCGCUGCUCGGCAAGUUCUGUGGCUCGGAAAUCCCCGCCAGGAUCAAGGGCUCCGGGAACCACCUGCGCCUCGAAUUCAGGACCGAUUUCCUCCGAGGGGCCAAAGGCUGGAAGGCCUCAUUCCGAGAGACACUGGGUCCUCAGCACGGCUGUGGGGGUCGUCUGACCCGGCCCGGUGACGCCUUUGGCUCCCCCGACAACGAUUCUGACGGCAGGUACGACAGAAACCUAGACUGUGUGUGGACCAUCAGUGUGCCACCCAACAAGCUCAUCAACCUCACGUUCACCACCUUUGUACUGGAAGCUGCGACUGCUCAGGGUUGCCUGUACGACUAUGUAAAGCUAUACGACGGCGACAACGAAAAUGCCAGUUUGGUAGGCAAGUUCUGCGGCUCUUCCAUGCCAGCUUCCUUUCUCUCGAGCGGGAACUUCCUCACCGUGAAAUUUGUCAGCGACGGGUCUCUGGAGCUGGCGGGCUUCAAUGCCACGUACAUCACGCUGGACUUGCCCUGUGGGGGAACGUACAACGCAACAUCCGCUGUGCAGACCAUGCGAUCGCCCCGAGUUCUCAGCUCCGGUCUUUCUUUCCCCACCUGCACCUGGGUCAUCGACGCCCCGGCUCAGCAGCAGGUGAAAGUGAUGGUGGGAGAGUUCCACCUGCGAUCCGGGAACUGCGCGCAGAACUUCCUCCAGCUCCGGGAUGCCCUCGAGAGUCACCGAAGCCUCGGGCACCGGUUCUGUGGCCAAGACGCCGCCGCCAUCCAUGAGUUCUACUCCUCCGGGCGUACGGCGGUGGUGAUUUUCCGGUCCGAGGUCUUUGACAGUGACAAUGGAGUUAGUUUUACCUAUCAGCUUGCUGACUGUAACCGCGAAUACAGCCAAGGAUUCGGCUCCCUGCGGAGCCCUGGGUGGCCCGCCGCUUACAGUAACAACCUGGACUGCAUCACCAUCCUCCGGACCGCCCCAAACAAGACCAUCGCUCUCUUCUUCCACUCGUUCGGGGUGGAGCCCACCACAGGGUGCCAACACGACUUCCUAGAGGUGAGGAACGGCAGCGACGAGAGGGCCCCGCUGCUGGGACGGUAUUGUGGAACUGAGCUGCCCAGCCCCAUAUUCCCCCAAAACCACGUCCUCUAUUUGCGCUUCAGGAGCGAUGUCAUCCACUCCAGCAGUGGGUACCAAAUCACCUGGACUUCCUCUCCGUCCGGCUGUGGUGGUCCCCUGUUCGGAGAUGCUGGCUCUUUCACUAGCCCGGGCUACCCCGGCUCCUAUUCGAAUGGCACCCACUGCGAGUGGACCAUCGCUGCCCCGGCCGGGGGCGUCGUGACCGUCCACUUUGAUUUCAUCCACAUCGACGACACCGGGGACUGCGUCCAGAACUAUCUGAUCCUCUACGACGGAGCCGAUGCCAACACCACAUCAUCUGGCCCCUUCUGCGGGAUGGACACCCAUAUAGCUCCAUUCAUUGCUGCGUCACAUCGAGUCUUUAUACUGUUCCACGCCGAAUACGUCGUUUCGCCCUCAGGCUUCCGGCUGACCUGGACCAGUGGUUGACUCCGGAUUUUGGCCCUGCUACAGAGACAAUCAGCCUUAGAGUUGUUGUUUGAGGUGGACAGUCAUCACACAAGGUAAAGGUGACGCCAGGGUCCGAUUACGUCGUGGGGAACCCUCACUUUUCUUUGGGUUCACCGAAAGGAGUUACUGCUUGGAAGGCUUUUCGUUUUCACUUUGUCUCUUCAUUAUUUGAAAUAAAAAAUGGCCCUUAAAGAAGCAAAUUUUAAAAGGAAGAGGGCAAGACCGGUAUAUAACCCUUAAAAUCAUGAUGACUUCAAGAACAUUUCAUACAGGAAAAGCUGUACAGCGGAAAAUAAACACAAACA